CAGGGUAGUCCCUAGAGUCUAGGUUUUAUUGAGUGAAGGUCCCAUUCCUUUGAAAAGUCAGUUCUUAGAAGGCACGGUGUGUCCACAGUGAAAUUCACCUGAUUUUUGACAAUGUGUGCUGAUUUAACUACCUCCCUCCCCCAUCCAGUUCUUACCUAAAAAGGGAGAUUGCAAGGAUAAAUUAUACCACACUACAAAAAAGUACAAUUCACUGCUGAAUUCUGAAGUUUUGAGAUCUUUUUUGAUAUUUCACUCCACUUGGUCCCUCUUCAGGAGUUGAAGAUAGCAGUAAGUCACAGCCAUUGAUGCACAGUCCUCAAAACAUAGAUGAGCUUGAGGAUAAAAUUGUAAGGAAAGCUGGUGAUCUGACAGGUGCUCAUGUUUAUGAAGUGGGUCCUGGACCAGGGGGAAUCACAAGAUCCAUUCUCAAUGCCAAUAUUGCUGAACUUCUGGUGGUGGAAAAGGACACCCGGUUCAUUCCUGGAUUACAGAUGCUUUGUGAUGCAGCACCUGGGAAGCUCAGGAUUGUGCAUGGAGAUGUGUUGACAUUUAAGAUAGAAAAGGCUUUUCCAGAAAAUGUAAAAAGACUCUGGGAGGAUGAUCCUCCAAAGGUACAUAUUAUUGGAAAUUUGCCUUUUAGUGUUUCAACCCCACUAAUUAUCAAGUGGCUUGAAAAUAUUGCCCUUAAAAAUGGGCCUUUUGCUUAUGGCAGAAGUCAGAUGACUUUGACUUUCCAAAAGGAAGUUGCUGAGAGACUCGUAGCCACUACAGGAAGCAAACAGCGCAGUCGCCUUUCCAUUAUGGCCCAGUACCUCUGCACCGUCAAGCACCUCUUUACCAUUCCAGGGCAGGCCUUUGUCCCCAAACCAGAGGUAGACGUGGGAGUGGUGCACUUCACACCCUUGAUCCAGCCCAAGAUUCAGCAGCCUUUCAAGAUGGUGGAAAAGGUUGUUAAGAAUGUGUUUCAGUUCCGAAGGAAAUACUGUUAUCGAGGACUCGGAAUGUUAUUCCCUGAAGCUCAGCGCCUGGAAAGCACUGGAAGGCUGCUACAGCAGGCGGACAUAGACCCGACUCUCCGGCCCACCCAGCUCUCAGUCUUGCACUUUAAGAGCCUCUGUGACAUAUACAGAAGGAUGUGCGAUGAAGACCCUCAGCUCUUUGCUUACAAUUUCAGAGAAGAACUUAGGCAAAAGAAACGAAAAAUUGUGGAGAAAGAGGAGGAGGAGGAGAGUUACAGAUGCUAGCUGCUCCCUGACACACUGAUUCCUAGUAUGGAGCAUUGUACAGGGGGGUUUUCUGUCUACAGAAUGAUAAUAAAUACCAGUGACCAGA